GUCGAGUUUGUCGCCGCACGCUUGGUAAUUCUUGUGACUGUAAAAUGUAAAUGUUACCACUAUCAAAGCUUCAUAUUUGCCAAGAUAAGCCUAACAUAUAACAAUCCGAAUGCCAGGACUUUGAUGAGGACUUAGUUCUUUGCUUUCAGACCACAAAGCAGAGCUAGCGCCAUCUGAAUGUUAACAAAUAUUGUAACUUAGCCAAAGACUGUUUAUUAGCAGUUUACUAACUGAUCGUAUUUUAAAAGCUGUUAAACGCCAUGGCAGCAGCGGGUCAUACACCUUGCACAGCGUUCUUGGACUGGGACCUUGACUCUUCCACAUCUAAUGGAUUGAAACAGGAGAAACAACUUUCUGCCUCACAGAGAAGAUACUACAGCUUCUGCAGGAGGAAGUCAUUUGCUACCUUUGUGGCAUCCAAGAGGCACAACAGUCAGGAGAAAGGAAGCACGUCUUGGAGCUGCUGCGGGCAGACCUUCAGUGAACACCCUGCUAUACACAAGCAUGUGGCCAGAAUUCAUGAUGCUGAAGUAAAGGAGCUCACACAGGCCACAUAUGAGUGUUUGUUGAGCCAGCUGGAGAAAGAACAUGAAACACAGCAGCCAAAGGAGCACAAAGCCGAGGCAGUGGACAUUUCUGCGUGGAUACCCGACACCAGUUACAUUUCUAAGGAGCAACUUCAAAAGGGUCCAGGCAAGGUGAUCCUCUAUUAUCACUACUGUCAAGUGGAGGAUCCUAAUGUCAUCUGUGCUUGGCAGAAAGCUUUGUGUGAAAAGCUCCACUUAACUGGAAAGGUGCGAGUGGCGACUGAAGGCAUCAAUGGAACAGUUGGUGGAACAAACGUGGCUACUGACCUUUACAUCACUGCGAUGCUUUCACAUCCUCUUUUCAAGAUGGAUAGGGAGGAUUUUAAGACAAGUGACGGUGGUGCAGAGUGUUUCACAGACCUAAGGGUUGGGGUCUAUAAGGAAAUCGUCCCGAUGGGAGUGAAUCCUGAUGUCAUCUCCUACCGAUUAGCAGGAACUCAUUUGGAGCCUGAGGAGUUUCACAAAGAAGUGGAGGCUCUUUUGUCUAAAGGGAAUCUGUGCAAUGACACCAUCCUCUUAGACUGCCGUAACUUUUAUGAGAGUAAAAUUGGGCAGUUUACUCAGUGUUUGGCCCCAGACAUCCGUAAGUUUAGCUACUUCCCUGACUACGUCGACCAGAACCUGGAACUGUUUAGAGACAAAAAAGUCCUCAUGUACUGCACAGGAGGGAUCCGAUGUGAGCGUGGCUCUGCGUACCUCCGCUCUAAAGAUGUGUGUAAAGAGGUUUACCAGCUGAAAGGUGGAAUUCACAAGUACCUGGAGCGUUUUCCAGAUGGUUUCUAUCGAGGAAAACUUUUUGUUUUCGAUGAACGCUACACCAUCUCCUCCAACAGCGACAUAAUCUCAGACUGCAGGUACUGCAGCUGCCCAUGGGACCAGUACAAGCUCUGUUCCACCCAGUUCUGCUGUCAGCUGGUUCUGUCAUGCCACAGCUGCAGACAGAAUGGACACACUGCCUGCUGCCUCACAUGUCAAACCAAAGGACAGGCUCAGAGCGAGGGGUCCUUUGCCACUCCACAACACAAAGAGGAGUGCGAGUGUACUGAUGGACGUCCCAGAAUCCCUCAGGAUGUGUAACGAUAAAGUGGUUAUGAUUGGACAUUGGUGCCUGCAGCCACAUAAAGAAUGCAGCAUGUCCAGGGAUUUUAAUCAGAAUGCACAACUAGAAUUAGUGGAAGGUAACCAGCAUAUUUUAAAUAAUUAAUUUUUUGACAUGAAAUUAGGGAAUUAUGUCAGAUUUACUGUAUUUAAGUGGAUGAUAAAACUGUGUAUUAAUCUUUUAUCGAGAAAAUGUAAGAAUUGAUCUGCAGAAUCCAUGAGUUUUAUUACAUAGAUUUUGUGAAACUGGAAUCCCCAGUUUCAGGGGAUUUGAACUUCUUAUUUUGUGUAUGUGUGUCUGCUUGUUUGUGUAAGAAUGGGAUUUUAUCUUUUCAAAUCAGUGCUUGGCAAUUGUUUAUGUUAAUUACACAAUUUAAUUGGCCUCAAAUGCUAAUGUUUUAUAGGUAGUUUUAAAUUUAGGUAAUUUCAUUUUAUGCUGUAAAAGAAAGUGUUGAUACAAACACACCAAAACAUGCAGAAUUUACAGCAGCAGCAGCAACAGCAGCUCUAAACUGUGCAGUCUCUGGCCAUGGCAGGUUCCUGAGACUGCAGGUGUUCCUUCAACACUUUGAAACCACAAACAGCAACAGAUCUGCGUGCCUUACUUGGGAUGACACACUUUUGUGAUGGCAUUCAAUGAAAUGUGUUGUAUUGAUGUAAAGCACUUUGAGUUGCAUAUGUUGUAUGAACUGUGCUUUACAAAUAAAACUAUUAUUAUGUAUUA